AUGGAGCGCCCAAAGACGGAACACACUCAAGGGUCUCUGUUGUUUGGGGAGAAAGCAAUUUCUGCAUCUCCCUUGCUGAAAUUUACGCGGAUUUUGAAUCCACCUAGUGGGUUAUGGUUAGAGUCAACAAAGUAUUAUUUUGUUGAACUGAUUGGUAUAAGUGUUGCCAAAAAGCGGUUGAACGUCUCUAGCUCAUUGUUUGCAUCACCUGGAACUAUAAUAGAUUCCGGACCUGUCGUCACUCGUCUUCCUACCGCAGCCUAUAAAGCACUCCGCACUGCAUUCCAACAGGAAAUGUUGCACUGUCCCUCUAUUCCUCCGCCGCCGCCCGAAAAACUAUUGGACACUUGCUAUAAUCUUAAGGGAUGUGGGGGGAGAAACAUAACGUUACCGGAAAUAGCACUACAUUUUGUGGGAGAAGUGGACGUAAGUUUGCAUCCAUCAGGAAUUCUUUGGGUAUAUGAGGGCCGAACUCAAGCUUGCUUGGCCUUCACAGGAAAAUCCCAUCCUUCUCAUGUAGCCAUUAUCGGAAACAGAUAA